CUCUCGGCAAGUCCAACGGCUUCUGCUGGAGGAAAGACCAAAGGAGCCACUUUAGUUGUAACAUUUUCAAAUUAAUUUAUAAGCUAAUUAAGCUAUUUACUGUGCUUGGUAGACUUCUAAGUGUGUCAUCUACCACUGAGCACAAGUCUGUCCGACUAAGUAGCAAGCAAAAGGCGAAGCUUGGAGGAUUCCGUUGUCCUGUCGAAAAUAAGCAAACAAUCCAUUUCCUGAAAGGGAAGAUUGACACAAGCAUGCCUUCAAGCAGACUUGAGGACUACGAUGUAGUCGAAACCAUUGGUUCUGGGUCUUAUGGUACAUGCAGAAAAAUAAGACGACGAUGUGACGGAAAAGUACUUGUGUGGAAAGAGCUGAACUAUGGACAAAUGACAGAAUCUGAAAAGCAGAUGCUGGUAUCAGAAGUUAAUUUACUGAGAGAGCUGAGGCAUGGCAACAUUGUGCGGUACUAUGACAGGAUCAUUGAUAAGAUCAAGGCAACAAUUUAUAUUGUAAUGGAAUAUUGUGAAAAGGGAGAUUUAAACAAAGUCAUUUCAAAACAUAAAAGAGAAAGAAAACCAAUCGAAGAGCAAUUCAUUUGGAAAGUGUUGUACCAGCUCUCUCUUGCACUCCAAGAGUGCCACAGGAAGAAAGGAGGUGGCCAUAUUUUACACAGAGACUUGAAACCAGCCAAUGUUUUCAUUGAUGCUGAAGAGAAUUUGAAACUUGGUGACUUUGGGCUAGCCAGAGUAUUACAUGAAACCAGUUUUGCAAGGACAUUUGUUGGUACUCCAUAUUACAUGUCACCGGAACAAGUUAGCAAAAUGUCUUAUAAUGAAAAAUCAGACAUAUGGUCAUUAGGUUGUUUAUUAUACGAGCUUUGCGCUCUGCAUCCACCCUUCUUGGCCAUGGAUCAGCGCUCACUGGCUGUGAAAAUUCGUGAUGGACGAUUCAAGCCAAUCCCAAAUCACUUUUCUGAUGAGCUUGGAGAAUUUAUCAAGUGGAUGUUACAAGUAGAAGAUAACAAAAGACCUAGCAUCGACGAUAUACUGAGGCACCAUUCAGUUGCUAAGUAUUCGAACAUUUUCAAUGCCAAAGACAGGAAGCAAAGCAGCACGGAACUCCAGUCAGUUCAAUUGCGACGAAAAGAAGAGGCAUUAAGAACAAAGGAAAAACUUCUGAACGACAAAGAAAGGGAAUUAGAGAGGAGAGAAAGAAUUUUGAGUGAACGGGAAGCUCUAGUGGCAGAAAAGCUAGCAAGAGCUGACAGAAUGAUGCAAGAGGUUUAUUCAAACGAUUAUAGAGAAGACGAGCCUUUCACUUUCAAAAGACCAAAACGCAGUCAAGUCUAUCCAUCAGGGAAAGAGAACCUUGACAGUGAUCGCAUUUUCCAAGAACGAAAUUUUCCUGGAAAUAAGAACAUAAAAAUAAACAGUCUCCUUCCAGCACAGCAGGGUAUCAAAGAGCCAGGCUCACUAGACGUAUUAUGUAAGAUAGAUAAUUAUAGUGACCGUUUUCGACUAAGAAGAAACAGUAAGCAGCGAGGCACUAAUCCUGUUUGAAGAUCUAAGCUCCUUGUCAUACGAGUGAUAUUUUGAAAAAACUGGAGUAAAAGUGCAAAUAAAAUGAACUUGAAAAUGGUGAAAAGUUAGAAGACAAGCAAUUUGUAUGGCAACAUGGAGAGGAUUUUUAUAGCCCUUUCAAGUAAGCCUACAUCUGAAAGCUGCCUAAAUUAGUAAGCGUCCAGGGGGCUAAUUCAAAGAAUUAGGGUAUGCUUCAUCUGCUACUAGACUAGAAUCUACUUGACUGGGAAGUGCUUGUGCUGCCCAUCCCUUGGGUGGUGGGAGACUGGAAUAGUCAAUGUGCCAACAUUUGGACAGUGGGGGAAGUGCAGACAACUAUCAAAGGUCGGGCCAAUAGUGUGGUGAAAGCAAAUAGCUUGAAUUGAAAAUCCAAUUGGAUCACAAUUAGAACAAAGUUGGGAAGUGCCUAUCUUCUACCCUUGUCACUGUGUCGCUGCUGACAUUGGUGGCAACUGCAGCCAAAAUAUGGAAGGGGGAGGUAAAGAUGACAAUAUUCUAAUCAGGAAACAUUUCUUUUUGCCCUAAGAAACUCUUAAUGCUUAUUUUACUUAAAUAACUCUUAUAUAACUAUGACAACAAUUAGGAGAAUGGUACCUUGGCUGGCACUUCAAGUAAAAAUUAUUUUGAUGAUUCUUACAGUAAUGCAACAAAGUCUGCUUUUGGCAAAGAAAGUAUACCCCCCCCCCACCCCCUUUAAAAAACAUCAAUUUUCUCAACAUUUCUGUCACUGCCUAUCCAUGUUUCGUUCUGUAGGAUACAAAUCUUUCUGAUGGAUAUAAUUCUAUAGACUGUUCUAUAGAAGAGAUAAUUUCUAAUUGUUUUGGCAGUUACACAUAAUAUCAAAUUGCAUCCGUAUGCUUAAUAUCAAGGUUUGGGGGUAUCUGAGAGCUGAACAAUUUAGUGUUCUACUUUUCUAUAGAACAAUUUAGAAUUCUAGCAUGCUUUGGACAUGAUCUCAGUUUUUCUUAAUGCAUGUACUGUUUUUGCAUCUUCUGAAGUAGCACACAGAAACAAGCAUCAUCUGGUUGUUCCACUAGUACCUAAUACAUCACCUUCAUCAAUAGUACUUAAUACAUCACUUACACCAAUUCUAACAAAUGGGGGAUGUACAUAUUUUAUUCUUAUUUGCAGAACAAUUAAUUAUUUUAAGAUUGUUAACUGUUACAUAUGUGAAAUAAAUAUUUACUUA